CGCCAUAUCUUUUUGCCCAGGGCAUGUCGUGAUCUUUCCAUCUACUGCUUUAUUAGCGAACUCAGCUCAAUCUCCAACCUCUUGUACUACCAAACCCCAGCUCUCACCCACUCACCCACCACACACCACACACCACACUCGCUUGGUACAUUGCUCUGCUUUCGAUAUACCCUCAAGACCUUAUCGCAAACCAUCACAAUCUCCCGUCUGGACCCCUAGGCGCGCAAGCAAAAGAUCCUCGAGCUCCCACAACCUCGCCUGGUUUCAACCCGCUGCCCCGGGAAAGGCGCAGAUCCACCGGCACGAUUCCCACAAAACGCAGAGGCACGCAUAGCGCAGCGCAGGAAGAGGGCAAGACGCAGGGCGUCGUGGAGGUCUCGAAGGAUACCAUGCUGCUCCCGAAGAGCGCGGGAGAGGGUGGCGGCAUGACAUGGAAGAGCGCGCGCGCAAGACUGCCACCGACGCGAGCUGUCUGGACAUUUCUUACGCGCACGAGAUUUCUGUUGUUCGUUGGCCUUGCGGGGAUUGCUUUGAUAAUAUGGAAUGGUGUGAGGGGGAGUGCGAGCGAUUGGCAAAGGUUUUACUGCUUCGGUCCAGCCAAGUCACCGAUGCAAAUGACAGCGAAUGAGCAGGCAAUGUGGGCAGGACAUCAACAGACGCCAGUGAUUUUCAACCACCACGAACCGAUCGAGGUCAACAGUUCGACAAUCCAACGAGUCGACCUCAACCCGAUCGUCUCAACACCAAAGGCACUCGCCAACGAAGAGCGAGUCCUCAUCCUCACCCCUCUACGGAACGCCGCACCAUACAUCGAGCAGCACUUCGACCUCCUCACGCAACUCACAUAUCCUCACCGCCUCAUUGAUCUAGCAUUCCUCGUGGGAGACAGCACAGACGAUACAGUUGCAGUCCUGGCCAUGGAGCUGGAUCGCAUCCAAUCUCCACAGGACAGCAACUCCUUCCGCAGCGCGAUGAUCGUGGAGAAAGACUUUGGAGUGACAGUGGGACAAGAUGUGGAAGACAGGCAUGGAUUUGCGGCACAAGGACCGAGAAGGAAAGCCAUGGGUAAAGCGAGGAAUUACCUGCUUUCGACGGCAUUGAAGCCCGAGCACAGCUGGGUGUACUGGAGAGAUGUGGAUAUCAAGGAUAGUCCGAGCAAGAUCAUUGAGGACUUUGUCGCUCAUGAUCGGGACGUUCUAGUGCCGAAUGUUUGGUUCCACCGCUACAAGGAUGGUGUCGACAUUGAAGGACGCUUCGACUACAACUCAUGGCAAGAGUCUGACCAAGGCCGAAAGCUCGCAGCGAGUCUGGACAAGGACGUUGUACUGGCAGAGGCAGGCUACAAGGAGUACGCCACUGGUCGGAAAUACAUGGCACGCAUGGGCGACUGGCGAGACAACAAAGAUAUUGAGAUCCCGCUCGACGGCAUUGGCGGUGUGAACAUCAUCGUCAAGGCGGAUGUACACCGAGCUGGCAUCAACUUCCCCUGCUACGCCUUUGAAAACCAAGCCGAAACAGAAGGCUUCGCGAAAAUGGCCAGACGCGCGGGCUACGGCGUAUAUGGACUGCCGAAUUACGUGGUGUGGCAUAUUGAUACUGAUGAGAAGCCGGGUAAUGCAUAA